UCGGAUGUGUGCCAUAAUGUUCUGCAACACCCUACAGAAAAGUGAAGGAAUGAAACACACAUUUCAGGACUCGAGUCAAAGAGAUAAGAAAGAAAAAAACUCCCUGCAGUACAACGUAACCGAAACUUUGAAAUAUUUAUAACGUUGGAAAUUUAAGAGCAAAUAUUUUACAUAUUAUAUUUAGCAACUUGAAUAAAGUGUAUUACUCUCGCAAGAUCACUUUUCCAUUAAUCUAUUUUAUAUUGGAUUUUUUUUAAAUAUAGAGAUUUGGUAAAGAAUAAAGUUGUUGUAAAAAUGAUUUAAUAUUUGACUGGUUACUAUCAAGCAGCAAAUAGAAAUAAGCAUAUCAUAAAAAUAAACAACCAAGAAGUGAGGAGACUACAAGAACCCUUUCUCUCCAGAUUCAAACAAUGUUUUCUUCCAGUGUUGGAUCUCUUGUUUUUAUUUGUAUCGCUUCGAAGGUGUCAUACGUGAUGACUGACGAAGUCUGUCCAACAGCAAGUGCAAGUUACAACAGCGUCGGAGGUAGUAUUUCUCUCUACAAAGAUCAGUGUGGCUUAAUAGCUGGACAAUAUAACUAUUUCACCAGUUGGACCAUAAGUGGACCAUAUUCAACUUACAUCACGCUUGUAGUGUUGAGAAUGCAAAUGAGCUCCUAUUACUGUGGCGAAAACUAUGUUCAAGUUAUAGAAAGUGGGAAUAUCUUGUUAGACAAAACAUGCAGCACCAAUGGUGUAACCUCUGAUUUCAUUCCAAGAUAUAUGGCUUCCAGCUUGUCAUAUAGUCUCAGUGUGAACUAUUUGGGAACCUCUAGUACAGGCAGAGGAUUUGAAGCCGUCUAUUACGCAAGAGGCCAACACUCAGUAUUAACAGAUGAUUUUGGAUAUAUAGCUAGCCCUGGAUACCCACGGUCUUAUCCAAACAAUGCUAACUACACUUGGCUGAUAGCAAGCAAUCAUGGGUAUAGGAUUAAUCUCAGUAUAUCAGUCACCUCAGAAGGAAGUGACGACCAGGUCAAAGUGUACGAUGGUCAAUAUCUAUCGAGUCUGCUCCUUUACACUCUGUAUGGUACAUCUUCACAAAACAUCAGGUCUACAUCUAACUUUAUGUUGAUACAGUUCACUUCUGAUGGUAGCAUUAAUGACUACAAAGGAUUCAGUGCCAUGUAUUCAACAAAUGCUUAUUUCUACGGGGCGUCUUAUGGCCACAGUUGUACAAGUUCAAACACAUGUAUCAACGGAUUGACGUGUUAUAGAGGUGUAUGUGGUUGUACUCAAACACAGUAUUACUAUGAGAGCACUAGUUCGUGCAAACCUAGACUAUCUCAUGGAGGUUACUGCAGCAGUGAGGCAAUAUGUGAUCAAGAAUUGGUUUGCGAAAAUUCCCAUUGCUCUUGCCCGAAACAUCAGUACUAUGACCUGUCAUCGGACUACUGUAAAAGCGGACGUUUAAAAGGAGACUCAUGCAGCUCCGAUAGUAAAUGCUCAGAUGACCUAGAGUGUGUGCUAUACACUUGUCAGGAUGCAAGAAACCAAUACCACUAUUAUGAUGACGAUGAUCAAAGACAGAAUUUUGUCAUUGCCAUGUUGGUUGUAGCUGCCAUAGGUUGGGCUCUAGUUCUUACUGUCUCGAUAGCGUUGUGUGUAAUGUGUGUGAAAUAUCGCAAACAACGAUUGAGUCAGACCAACAAUAUUAAUGGGGAAGUUCAGCACCAAGCGCCCUUGUCUAACAACAGUCAGGGAUACAUACAGGCUCCUAAUGAACAGAGCUUCCAGAUCCCCAACCAACAGUACUUGCCGCCUUCAAAUCAAUUUAUGGCUCCGAACUUCCAAGCUGUUGGUCCUAACCAGUGCAUUCCAAUGCAACAUGUUUUCUCAUAUCAACCUGAUCUGCAACAGCAGGCAACACAACAACCCAACCUACAGCAACAGGUGGCACAGCAACAUGACCUCCAGCAACAAGUAACACAGCAACAUGACCUGCAACAACAGGCACCAAAUCAUCCUGACCUAUCAAACACCACUCAAGCCCAAGACAACGAGGGAUUUAAACCAGAUUCGCCAAACAAUCCCGAAGAUGAUGAUAUAUAUCUGAAUUUUAAUUAUGAGAGGAACUAAUAAAGAAGUGACAAAAUAC